UGGGGGAGGGCGUUUCCUGCCCAGCCCUUUCGCCUUCAACAAAGAUGGUGCCUCCAGCGCCGAGCCGGGAGCGUGUGUAACCCCCGGCUUUCCGGCUCUUUGUGACAUGAUCACAUUCUUCAGGAGGAAUAAUGAGGAGAGAGAGUCUUAAAUUUUACCUGCUGGAAUAUAUGAGCAACAGAAACUACUAACCCUGCAGUGCCACAUGCCUCAUGACAGGAUGGAUGCCAGAGACAGGAUGGUUCUGCGUUCCCUGCGGCUGGAGCUCUGCUCAGAGGUGCUGGUGGAGGAGCUCAUCGUUCAUUAUCUCUACCAGGAAGGCAUUCUAACAGAGAACCACCUUCAAGAAAUAAAGUCCCAAGCCACCAGUCACAGAAAAACCAUGAUGCUUCUCGAUAUCCUUCCUACCAGAGGCCCCAAGGCCUUUGAGACGUUCUUGGAUUCCUUACAGGAGUUUCCAUGGGUGAGAGAGAAACUGGAGAGAAAGCGUAAGGAAAUGAUGGGAGAGGAUCCUAUAGCUACGGGGCUAACUGGAAUUCCAGCAGGCAUUUUGAAGAACUCACCAACAGACCAGCAGAUUAACAAACUUGCCCAGAGUCUGGGGCCUGAGUGGGAGCAUAUUGUACUGUACUUGGGUUUGUCGCAGAGUGACAUCUACAAAUGCAAAGUCAAUCACCCUCACAACGUGCAGUCUCAGAUUGUGGCUGCAUUUGUCCUUUGGAGACAGCGUCUUGGAAACAAAGCAACAAUCCAAAGUCUGCACACUGGUCUGAAGGCCGGAGAAGUGGACCCUUCUGUGAUCCAACAUAUGCUUGAGUAAAGUCUUGUUACUGAUUGGAAGCUCUUGAGUUUUUUGCUAAAUUAAAUAAAUUUAAUUCACUGAAUCA